AUGAUUAGUUGUGGCUAGAUAGUCUCAGACACUGUUAAAAUUUCUCGAAAUGUUCCCACAUCAUGCACCAACCAGUUGACAUUGUUGUCAAUGGUAAUGAUAACAAAUGAUUGUAGAAACAAGAAAUGAUCAGAUAUUGGGAUUUACUACUUUGUGUUAAACUGAAAUAACACUUGCUCCUCAACUAUGGAACCGAAGCCGCCACCACCACCAAGUUUGGUUUUUUGUGUUAAUGGUGAGAGGUUUGAGCUCUCCCACGUUGACCCAUCAAUCACUUUGCUCGAGUUCUUGCGUGCUCACACUCGCUUCAAGAGUGUUAAGCUUGGUUGUGGUGAAGGUGGUUGUGGUGCUUGUGUAGUUUUAAUCUCCAAAUAUGAUCCUGUGCAUGACAAAGUUGAGGAUUUUACAGCAAGCUCAUGUCUCACGCUACUUUGCAGCAUACAUGGAUGUUCAAUAACAACAAGUGAAGGCAUUGGAAAUAGUAAAGACGGGUUUCAUCCAAUUCAUGAAAGAAUUGCAGGAUUCCAUGCCACUCAAUGUGGCUUCUGUACUCCUGGAAUGUGUGUUUCACUCUUCGGAGCUCUUGUCAAUGCUGAAAAGACCAAUCGUCCAGAACCACCUUCUGGAUUCUCAAAAGUUACUGCUACUGAGGCUGAAAUGGCUAUUGCAGGUAACCUUUGUCGCUGUACUGGGUAUAGACCCAUUGCUGAUGCCUGCAAAAGCUUUGCAGCUGAUGUUGAUAUGGAGGAUUUGGGAUUCAACUCUUUUUGGAGAAAGGGAGAGAGCAACGACAGAAAACUAAGUAGGUUGAGUCAUUAUAACCAAAAUCUUAGCAACAUUAGAUUUCCUUUGUUUUUGAAGGAAAUUAAGCCUAAUGUCUAUUUGGCUACUGAGAAAAACAGUUGGCAUAGUCCUACAAGUCUAGAGGAGCUUCAGAAAUUAUUGGCACUGAGCCAAGUCAAUGGAACCAGGAUAAAACUUCUUGUUAGUAAUACGGGUAUGGGAUAUUACAAAGAUAAUGAAAGCUAUGAUAUGUAUAUUGAUAUAAGGGGCAUUCCUGAGCUCUCAAAGAUCAGGACAGAUCAGACAGGGAUUGAAAUUGGUGCAGUAGUCACAAUAUCUAAAGCUAUUGAGGCACUGAAGACAGAGAGCAGAAAUGAAUUUCUCUCAGAUUAUGUAAUGAUACUUGAAAAGGUUGCUGACCAUAUGAGCAAAGUUGCCUCAGGGUUUAUUCGGAACACAGCCAGUGUAGGUGGCAAUUUACUGAUGGCACAAAAGAAUCAUUUUCCCUCAGAUAUUGCUACUAUACUUCUUGCUGUAGAUGCAAUGGUUCACAUAAUGACUGGUGCGCAAUUUGAGUGGCUUGCAUUGGAGGAAUUUCUGGAAAGACCACCAUUAAGUUUGGAAAGUGUGCUUUUAAGCAUUAAAAUUCCUAAUUUGGAACUCAAUAAAAAUGAAUCGUUGGAACCAAAAAGUAGAUUCCUCUUUGAAACUUACCGAGCUUCUCCUCGCCCUCUUGGAAAUGCCCUUCCCUACUUAAAUGCUGCUUUCCUGGUUAAGAUGUCUCCAAUCAAGGAUUCUGGUGGAACUGUUAUAGACACUUGUAGGUUCUCUUUUGGUGCUUAUGGAGCUAAGCAUGCAAUCAGAGCAAAAAAUGUUGAGGAAUUUUUAGUUGGAAAGUUGUUAAGUAUUAGCAUUUUAUAUGAUGUUAUCAACUUGGUUACAGCCACUAUAGUACCCAAGGAUGCAACCUCAAACGCUGCUUACCGUUCGAGUUUGGCAGUUGGUUUUAUUUUUCAGUUCUUUAACCCACUGAUUGACAGUCCUGAAGGAAAAGCCAAUGGAUAUAGUAAUCUUCCAUUUGUAAAGGCUUUUGAAUUAAAAGAGAAUCAAAAGCAGGUUCAUCAUGACAAAGUUCCAGCUUUACUGUCAUCUGGGAAGCAAGUCCUAGAAGCAGGCACUGAAUAUAAACCUAUUGGUGAGCCAGUCAUCAAAUCUGGAGCUGCACUACAAGCUUCAGGUGAGGCUGUGUAUGUGGAUGACAUUCCAUCACCGGAAAAUUGCCUCCAUGGAACAUAUAUUUAUAGUGCAAAACCUUUAGCAAGAGUAAAGAGUAUAAACCUCAGCCCUGAAUUACAGCUGGAUGGAGUGAGGGAUAUCAUUUCAAGUAAAGACAUUCCCAAUGGCGGGCAGAACAUUGGAUCAAAUAGUAGAUUUGGAGAUGCUGAACCUUUAUUUGCUGAAGAGAUAGCUAGAUGUGUUGGGGAACGUCUUGCCUUUGUGGUUGCAGAUACUCAGAAACUUGCAGAUAUGGCUGCAAACUCUGCUAUUGUUGAUUACUGUACUGAAAAUCUUGAACCACCUAUCCUAACUGUGGAAGAAGCUGUUAAAAGAUCUAGUUUUUUUCAAGUACCUCCUUUUAUGUUCCCAAGACAAGUUGGUGAUGUAUCAAAAGGAAUGGCUGAUGCAGAUCACAAGAUUCUUUCUGCUGAGUUGAAACUUGGGUCUCAAUACUAUUUCUAUAUGGAGACACAAACUGCACUUGCUGUACCAGAUGAAGACAAUUGCAUUACUGUUUACAGUUCAAGUCAAUCCCCUGAAUCUGUGCAUUCUACAGUAGCAAGAUGCCUAGGUAUUCCUCAAAAUAAUGUUCGCGUAAUCACAAGAAGGGUUGGUGGAGGUUUUGGCGGAAAGGGCAUGAAAUCCGCAUCAGGUUCUACAUCAUGUGCAUUGGCAGCGUACAUACUACGGCGCCCUGUCAGAAUGUAUCUAAACCGAAAGACUGAUAUGAUAAUGGCUGGAGGAAGGCACCCCAUGAAGAUAACAUACAGUGUUGGGUUCAAGAAUGAUGGCAAAAUUACAGCAUUAGAACUUGAGAUAUUGGUGAAUGCAGGUUUAUAUGCAGAUGUUAGUCCAAUAAUACCAAACAACAUGAUUGGUGCACUUAAAAAGUAUGACUGGGGUGCACUCUCUUUUGAUAUAAAGCUAUGCAAAACAAACCAUCCAAGUAGAUCUGCAAUGAGGGCCCCUGGUGAUGCACAAGGAUCUUACAUUGCUGAAGCUAUAAUAGAAAAGGUUGCAGCUACACUUUCAAUGGAUGUAGAUUCUGUCAGAAGCAUUAAUCUUCAUACAUACACAAGUCUUAAGGCAUUCUAUGAGAACUCUUGUGGUGAACCUCAUGAGUAUACUUUGCCUUCAAUAUGGAGUAAGUUAGCUGUUUCUGCAAACUACGAACUGAGAGUAGAAAUGGUGAAUGAGUUUAACAGGAUCAACACUUGGAAAAAGAGGGGACUUUCUCGUGUGCCAGUGAUGUAUGAGGUGCUUGUAAGAGCAACUCCUGGAAAAGUUAGUAUUUUUUCAGAUGGGUCUGUUGUUGUUGAAGUUGGAGGAAUUGAAUUGGGUCAGGGUCUUUGGACAAAGGUGAAACAGAUGGCUGCAUAUGCUCUCAGUGCACUUCAAUGUGAUGGAAGUGAUGGCCUCUUGGACAAAGUACGAGUUGUACAAUCUGAUACAGUGAGCUUGAUUCAAGGGGGGUUAACUGCUGGGAGCACUACAUCAGAGUCAAGUUGUGAAGCUGUUAGGCUUAGCUGCAAUAUCUUGGUUGAGAGGUUAAAGCCUCUUAAGGAAAAGCUACAGAAGGAAAUGGGUUUUAUUAAGUGGGAGACGCUUAUUAUUCAGGCAUACGCCCAAGCUGUGAAUUUAUCAACAUCUUCAUUGUAUGUACCCAGUAAUAACUCGAAUAGGUACAUUAAUUAUGGGGCUGCAGUAAGUGAGGUGGAAAUAGAUCUUUUGACUGGAGAAACCAGAUGUUUGCGAACAGAUAUGAUCUAUGAUUGUGGGCAGAGUCUCAAUCCUGCAGCGGAUUUAGGACAGAUUGAAGGAUCUUUUGUCCAGGGUUUGGGUUUUUACAUGCUUGAAGAAUAUGAAACAAAUCUUGAUGGUUUGGUCUUAGCAGACGGCACAUGGAAUUACAAAAUUCCCACAUUAGACACUAUUCCUCAAAAGUUUAAUGUUCAAAUCCUCAACAGUGAGCAUCACCGACAACGUGUUCUGUCUUCAAAGGCUUCUGGUGAACCACCUUUACUUCUUGCAACUUCUGUUCACUGUGCCACAAGAGCAGCUGCUAAAGAAGCCAAGAAACAGCUUCUAUCAUGGAGUAACUCUGAUGGACCAGAUUCAACAUUUCAGUUGGAGGUGCCAGCAACCAUGCCUGUGGUGAAGGAGCUCUGUGGACUUGAUGUUGUAGAAAGAUACUUGAAAUGGAAAAUGGGCUGGAACAAAAGAAACUCAACUCAUUAUGCAAAUGGAACAGUGAUUUAAUAUACUUAUUAUUGUUUUUAUGGAAGAAAAAUAAGUGAUGUGUUUUAAAUUCACAUAAGAUAAGAAACAUAAAUGCCAGUUCAGGCUGUUCUUCUGUAUUAUAGUUUUUGUAUGAAGAAUAAGAACAAGUUUAACUCAGGUUUCUUACUUCUACUUACCUUGGAUUUUAUUUAUUAAAGAUUACAUGACAUU